AUGGCCACUCUCGCACACAGCCAACAACCGCCCGCCACGCAAAAUGGCUCUGCCCAUCCGUUUACCUGCAACACUUGCCAGGUCGCCUUCCGAUCGAGUGACCUCCAGAGAACCCACAUGCAAUCGGACUGGCACCGCUAUAACCUGAAGCGCCGUGUCGCAUCUCUCCCGCCCCUCACAUCAGAAAUCUUCGCCGAAAAGGUACUGGCAAACAAGGCGUCUGCUGCAGCCACAGCCGCAAGAGCGAGUUUCGAGAGGCGAUGCGAGGCCUGCGACAAGACGUACUAUAGCGAAGGGGCAUAUUUGAAUCACUUGGGAAGUCAGAAGCACAAGACGCUGGCCGCAAGAUUGUCAGCUCGAAGAGAUGGUGCGGAGACGGACAGCCUGGCAGAUUCAACAUUCACUCUUGGCGAAACUUUGGACACCGCAAGUACAGCUGCGAGUACGAUCAACGGUGAAAACAUCACGGAGGAGGAACUCGACGACUUGGUAGAAGACAUGGAAAAUGCUGGUAUCGAGGAAUCGGCAGCACCAGCUGCAAGCUCCACCCACUCGAAUGGUCAUGCCGCCGAGAAGGACCAAGAAGAUGGAGACUACGAGCACAAAGCUAAUCUCGACCAGUGUCUCUUCUGUAACUACAUUUCACCCACCAUGGCCCUAAACGUACACCACAUGUCGCGACAGCACAGCUUCUUCAUCCCCGAAAAGGACUUCCUUGUCGACCUGACUGGUCUCAUCAAUUAUCUCAGCGAGACGAUCUCGGUCUUGCACCAGUGCAUCUUCUGCCACAAGUCCGUCCACACGGCCACUGGUGUCCAAACGCAUAUGCGGGAUAGGGGCCAUUGCAUGAUCGCGUACAGCACAGAGGAUGAGCAAAUGGAGGUGGGCGAGUUCUACGACUUCCGAUCAACGUAUUCGGACGAAGACACGGAAGGCGAGGAGGAUGAAGCAGCAGGUGGUGUCAGCUUAGGUGUGAAGCGUGCGGUGAAGACGACCAUGGAGAACGAGGACGGCGAGGACGUGGAGAUGGAGGAAGACGAUGAGGGCUGGGAGAGUGACAGCACGGUGUCGUCAGUGCCAACAGACGAGAUCACAUCAGUGCCCAUCGACCAUCCUCCCAAGUACGAGAAGCUUGGGCUGCACCGUCACCAUUCGCAUACGGAUCGCAGACCACACAAGAACAGCGACGGCUUCCACUCUCACGCUCAUCAGGGCUCGCAUGCAGUGUACUACGACGACUACGAAUUGCACCUUCCAUCAGGCCGCACUGCAGGACACCGUAGCCUGAACAAGUACUUCCGACAGAAUCUGCGCAACUACCCAUCAGCCGAGGAACGUGCCCAGCAGCGAAUGAUCGAAGACGAGCGGCACGAUUCUGAUGCAGAUGACGAAGAGACUGAGGAAGCCGACCAGGACGGAGCACCACGUGGCCGACAACUGGUCAGUCGUGCCAACGGUGGUCUUGGCAUGGUCGGUGUGAGCGAUGCAAAGAAGCGAGAGGUGAGAGCAGUGGAGAAGCGCGACAUCAAGAAGCAACAGAGAGCGCAGGCGAGGUACGAGUGGAACCUGAACAAGAAGGCCAACAACCAGAAGCAUUUCCGCGACCCGCUGCUGCAGUAG